AUGGCGGCCAGACAGUCCGUUCGGUUGCUUGCACGCCAGAUUACCUCCCAAUGCUCGCACGCCCAACUCCAAGCUCGGAGAACGUUCUCACACACCUCCACUUGCCUAGCUGCACAAAAUUUCACGAUGCCUGCGAUGUCUCCGACCAUGACUGAGGGGAAUAUCUCGAGUUGGAAGGUCAAGGAAGGCGGCUCCUUCUCCAGUGGCGAUGUCCUGCUGGAAAUCGAGACGGACAAGGCUUCCAUGGACGUCGAGGCACAGGAAGAUGGUAUCGUGGCCAAGAUCUUCUCCAAUGAUGGAUCAAAGGGUAUAAAAGUGGGCACGAGGAUUGCUGUCCUCGCCGAACCCGACGAUGAUAUUUCAAGUCUCGAGAUACCUGCGGACGACUCGAAACCCGUAAAGUCAGAAGCAGACAACGUGAAGGGCGGCAAAGAUGGAAGCUAUGAGUCUUCCGGUGUCGAAAAGGAGAUCAAAGGAACACCAGAGAAGAAGCGACCCGCGAAGGACAGACCAAAGACGAGCCCAACCGGACCAGGACAGAACCCCAAGUAUCCCUUAUAUCCCUCCGUCACUGCUCUUGUCCACGAGAACCAUCUCUCUGACGAAGACGUGGCCAAGAUCCCUGCCACAGGACCCAACAACCGACUCCUGAAAGGGGAUGUUCUUGCAUUCCUGGGCACAAUUGAGCAAGACUAUCCCGCAGCACAGUCAAAACGCAUCGACGACCUCGGACAUCUCGAUCUGAGCAACAUUAAGAUCCAAGCACCCGCAACCAAGCCACCUGCCGCAACCCCUGCAGCACCAGCACCAGAAGCACAGAUCCCCCGAGUGACCUCCAUCGCGUUGAACAUCUCACUCUCGGAGGUCCUCAAGGUCCAAAAACGAAUGAAAGACACACUCGGCCUGUCCAUCCCACUAUCCACCUUCCUCGCUCGCGCCGUCGACCUCGCCAACGACGACUUGCCCCUCCCCAAGGGUGCAAAACCCUCAGCAGAUGACUUGUUCAACGCCGUCCUAGGCCUAGACACCAUCCCCACCACCUCAAGAGCCUCAUACCUACCACAUAUUGAGGCCUUCCCCAUUUCCACCACUCCAAGCAUCUCACGACCGAGCAGAACAAAAAACUCCGACCUCAUCGACAUCCUGUCGGGUAAGGUGGUCCGACGGACCGCAGCACCGCUACGGCCCGCCGAGCCCGUCGCCCCAGGGAGGAACAUCACCACCACAGGCGGCGCCGUGAACGUCUUCAGCCUAGCCGUGCCAGUGUCAGAGGAGAAGCGUGCCCGCAUCUUCCUGGAGCGUGUCAAGACAGUCCUCCAAGUCGAGCCUGGGAGGUUAGUUCUAUAA